AGCGUUUAAGGUGUCCCAAUGCAAAACUCAAGCGUGACUGCACAAGUGCGUUUUACCGCUACUGACAGAUUGAAAGCGUACCGUAAAAUCGAUUACGUACAGACUGAUAAUGGCGGUUGCCUUCAUUCGUUCCGCUGCUAACGUCCUUAUGUCCAAACAGUUAAUGUUAUGCCAUAAUCUUGAAUGUGAUUUAAAUUUCUCGACUAACUUACUGCUGAGGAAGUCCGCACCUUUUUUUUUGCGCUGACACAAGAACUUCAGUGUCGGGCUCACUGCAGACAUGUAAAGAUUUUCCUUUGCCUUAUUUUUCAUUUACUUUGUGUUUCCCUUAGUCAAAUUCUAAGUUUACUCAUACAAACAACAUCUUUGUUUUGUAUUUGUUGUAGCAACUGCAGUUGCUAUCAACAUGAUCUUUUCCCAUACAAAAUCUCAUGUUGUUGCAACUAUUAAGCAGAAAACGGGCUAAACUUUAAAGGCUGUAGUGCGUGCUACACGAUAUAAGUUUCUGAUCACGAAUUUGAAUUCAAGACAAUGAUGAAUAAUUUCAUAUAAGGCUGUGCAUUAACAGUAGUAAAGGCAUUGAACGUUUGACCUUGGUUGCUUUAGAAUGCAGAAUAACAGAUCAAAUGUGGUUAACAUAACUAAAAUCUGUUUUGUUUCUGCACGAAGGACUGUAUACGAACAGUAUAAGUAGCUGGUGAGUACUAUUCGGAAUCAAUUGGUUUUCUUCUCGUCAGUUAAACUAGUCAUAGGAAUGAAAGUUGCAGGCAUGCAUAAACUCAAGUAUUUUGUUUCAUUCCAGAUUUCUUUGGCUCUUUUAUUAGUGACGGGCGUGGAUUUCUCGACAGAAAACAGUCUAAGUCCCAAGCACUUUAAUUACCUUGUUUACCAUAACCCACCUUUCGAUAUUUUGACUCGUGGACCAAAUGGUACCUUUUCAUAUUUCGGUGCCUCAGUUUACGUGGUUGAAUGGCUAGCGGCAAAAUUCAAUUACACGUACACUUUAAUCCCUGUCAAUCAAACUAUAAUCGACAAAUAUGGCACGCACGAGGCGUUGUUUUAUCAACUGAUUAAUGACAAAAACAUUGACGGAAUUACGGGUUCAUUUUACCUUACUAUGGACCGGGCGGAGAGAAUGGAUUACACGUUCCACACGUGGUCUGAUGGAUUUAGGCUUGUUGUUCCCAGACCAGGAGAAGAAAGCCGAUUAUUCGCCUUCAUUGGUCCAUUUGAACCUAUGGUUUGGAUGCUGAUCUUCAUAAGCAUAAUUGUGGUAGUCGCCAUGAUGACACUCUUUGCCAUGGUUUACAGACAUUAUCCAUGGAACACUUGUCAGGUAUCAGAUAAUAAAAUAAUGCCGGAAAUUGACCAAGGCAACGGAACAAGAUACUCGGAUUCCAGAAAUUUUCUUUAUAAUUACGUUGGUUCUCACAUGAUUUAUGUCGUAAACAUAAUGACAAACCAAGGGAGUCGUGAAUCGUCCAGUCUCUAUUCCUUUCGAAUCCUAGCUGGCAUUUGGGUUCUCUGCGCCAUGGUCUUGGUCAAUUCCUAUACGGGAAUUGUCAUUUCGUCGCUGACAACACCAAAAAUGAAGCCGUCUAUUGAGUUAUUUGAAGAUCUGGUUGCAAGUCCAGACACCAAAAUACUCCUCCGACAUGACACGUCGAUCGGAGAACAAAUAUUGAAAGCAACAUCUGGCAUUUAUAAAGUUCUUGGUGAUCAAGCUCGUAGUAAUCCUGAUGAGCAAAUAGUUGGAGACGCUUUCACUGUCAGUUCGAAAUUGGAAACCGGUCGCUAUGCUUUUCCUUUUGUUCAAACUUUUAGUAUAGCUUUCGUCGGUUCACAAUAUAAGAAAGAUAAGGAGUGUCGUUUUAAAGCAUCGAAACUAUUGCCUAUUUCAACUGGAUAUUAUUCAUGGCUUUUCAAAAAGAACAGUCCAUUUACGAAACUUUAUAGCAGAGCGCUCAUGGACUACUGGGAAAGUGGCCUACUUAAUUUCGGGAUCAAGUUCCUGCCUACCAUACCCAGGGCAGAGAAAUGUUUUGUCUCUACAACACGCCGAGUGGCUCGUCUACUUCCCAUUCAGUUGUCGGAUUUGACUAGUGCUUUCCUUAUUUUAGGAAUCGGCACUGGAUUGGCGGUGCUUACUUUCUUACUGGAGCUACUGUACUCGAGCAUAAAUAACCCUAUGAGGCAAUAUAUUGAACAGCAAGAGAAACAGUAAUUUCUCCCAACAAUACGUUUUGCUAACCCUCAGCUCUCUUGAACCCUAAACAUCAUUACACAAAAGGUAUACAGUUUUGCGUAGAGCUUGUGUGAGUUAUACAAUUGUCAAUCUCCUUGUUCUUUGCUUUAAGUUUAAGCAAUAUUUCAAAUGUUGCAUUUACGUUUACAGCUUGCCAAACAAACGAUUACUUUAAGAUGUUGACUGUAACUGUUAAAAGCCACCUGGUGUCUGAAGUGAAUAAAAUGAAAAAACAGAAAA